AUGGACGGGAACAAUAGAUACCCAGGGGGGGCGACGAACACGGAGCAAUGGAUGCCGGCCCCACCCCCUCCUCCGCCGAUGAUGAGCUUCACGCUGCCCCCACCGCACCCGUCGGUGAUGUGGAGCGGGUACAACCAGAGCACCUUCUCGUACAACGACCUGGCGGCUGCCACGGGUGGGUUUGCGCAGGCCAACCUGCUCGGGCAGGGGGGGUUCGGCUACGUGCACAAGGGGGUGCUGCCCAACGGGAAGGAGGUGGCCGUCAAGAGCUUGAAGCAGAACAGCGGCCAGGGGGAGCGGGAGUUCCAAGCCGAGGUCGAUAUCAUAAGCCGCGUCCAUCACCGCCAUUUGGUAUCCUUGGUUGGCUACUGCAUCUCCGGAUCGCAGCGGAUGUUGGUUUACGAGUUCGUCCCCAACUCCACUCUUGAGGAUCACCUUCACGCUCCUGAGAGCCCACCAAUCCAAUUUUCGACCAGGCUUAAAAUUGCUUUGGGUUCUGCUAGAGGCUUUGCUUAUCUUCACGAAGAUUGUCAUCCUAAGAUUAUCCAUAGAGAUAUUAAAGCUGCAAAUAUUUUGCUUGAUAACAAUUUUGAAGCCAAGGUUGCUGAUUUUGGAUUAGCCAAGCUUUCGUCGGAGACCAGUACCCAUAUUUCAACUCGCAUAAUGGGAACGUUUGGCUACUUGGCGCCUGAAUAUGCUUCGAGUGGGAAGCUCACAGACAAAUCCGACGUGUACUCGUUUGGGAUUGUGCUUCUAGAACUUAUAACUGGACGACGCCCUGUCGACAUCACUAGAGAUGAUGAUGACGAUACUCUAGUUGAUUGGGCUAGGCCAAUUUUGUUUAAUGUGGUGGGAGAAGGAGGAAGCUACCAAGAGCUGGUGGAUCCACGGCUAGAAAACCAGUAUGAGCAUGGAGAAAUGCUUCGUAUGGUAACCGCUGCCGCCGCCUGCAUCAGACAAUCUGCAAGAAAACGUCCUAAAAUGAGCCAGGUUGUCCGGGCUCUGGAAGGCGACGUGUCGUUAGACGAUCUGCAGGAAGUGAUGAAAGCGCAGGGAUCGUUGUCGACGAGCAACUCUGACUACGACUUGCAAAGAUAUCAAAGGAUGAGCCCGGGACUUUCUAAUCAAAACUUCAGUACCGCCGGUAGCGACUUAACCGACUAUUCUCAGUCUAGCUCCAAUGAACAGAGACGGCCAAGCCCGGGAUUCCACUACGGCUCCUGA